AUGCAAACUGAGCUAAAUCAAUGUAAGGUGGAUGUAGUGGCUCUUUCAGAGAAAGUGGGCACACUAGAGCAGGAUUUGAGAGACUCUAUUAACAGCACAAUUAACAGGAAAACCAGUUUUCGGCAGGCAGUUGACCCAGGCCUAGCAGAGCUAGAGCGCUACUGCCAUGAGGCCAUAGAGAAACUGGAAAGGGCCGUGACUGACUGUUUUUUGCGGCACGACGUUGUAUGGGACAGGCAGAUGAAGAUGCUGCGUCUCACGAGCACGCCCACCAUACACAGGUUACAGGCCUACACCCCUGCUUCAUCACACUCUCCUGCUCUCCAUACACCUAGUACGCCCAUCACUACAGUUACAGAAAGGGUACAACAUCAAAGAAGUCACAUAACCUAUGACAUCCCUCCUGGAGUUCCAGCCCCUUCAUCUUCCCAGCUUUCCUCCUCAGUUUCACCAACUAUGUCCUCCUUUUAUGCUCGACCACCCAUCCGCCUGGAGUUUCCCUCCUUCGGCGAUGCCUCAGAGACAGCAGACGUUCUUAACUUCAUUGAGCAAUGUGAGAACUAUCUGGAGAUCCGGCCACUGCCCAGCCCCGAGCUGAUAGGAACCCUCAGCACAGUGCUACGAGGACCGGCUCUGAGCUGGUGGAAGGCAGAAAAAGGCAAAGUAAAGGAUUGGAAUUCUUUCAAACAGCCAUUCCUGGCCGCGUUCUUACUCGAUGACUACUUGACCGAAGUAGAAGACAAGUUAAGGUCUCUGGUACAACAGCCGGACCAACGCCUGAGGGACUUCGCCUAUGACUACCGGGCCCUCUGUCUGAAGUGGAAGUCUGAUAUCUCGGAGCAAGAGCUGGUGAGCAGAGUGCUGAAGAACAUGAAUCCCAGAGUAGCUGGCUGUCUCAGAGGCACAGUGAACACCAUGGAACAGCUAGUGAAGGUGGGGUCGAUGGUAGAGAAGGACUGCAUGGGAGCUAAAGAUUACUGGAAAAAGGUGGAGAGUCAGCACAGCAAGGAGAAGAACAAGAAGCAAGCUACAGAGCGACCUCCAUCGAAACAUCUCGCUGGACUUUCCAUUGCACAGCCCUGA